AUGCAAAUGAAACGAAAAUUUGCUCGCGAUCCAGAACUGAAGGAGAAAUACAUAAAAUUCAUGCGCGACUACGAGGAACUGAAUCACAUGAGUAAAGUGCCACCACAGGAGCAUCACAGCGACACAGCAAUUUACAUACCUCAUCAUGCAGCAGGCACGGAGAAAUUCCGUACCGUAUUUGAUGGAAGCGCUAGGGCGAAAAACGGAAUUUCAAUCAACGACAUUCAGUUGAACGGAGAAAAGGUUCAACCGGAACUCAUCACUACUCUCAUGAGAUUUCAUACUAAUCGCCGAGGAUCAACGAGACAUGCAGUGGAUACUAUGGCGAGAAUCGCCAAGUCAACCGGUUCACGAGUAUCGGCUGAACACCCAGACAUAUGGGAACAAGUCAGCAGCAUACGCACCAUGACUCAUAUGGCUGAAGAAUUCGCCACAGAAUUCCCAGCGGCAUCAAAAGCCGUGAAAACAUCGUUUUACGUUGACGAUGCAUUGGGCGGUAGCCACGAUAUUACAUCUGCCAUCAAUCUACACGGGGAACUGAUCGAGAUGUUCGGUAAAAGAGAGAUGGAGCUAGCUAAAUGGAACACCAACGAUCCAACAUCAUGCGUAGUCAUAUUCGCAAAGGUCGUAUUGAAAGAUUUGUGGAUCGACAAGGUCGAAUGGGACGACAAAGUCGAGGGAGAAGUACUGCAGAGAUGGGAGCAAUUCGCCAGGGAAUUACCAAACAUCACGAAUGUACGCAUUCCGAGAUGGAUCAACACAGAUCUUAAGUCCAAAAAGCAACUGCAUGCAUUCGCCGACGCAUCAAAAACCGGAUACGGCACCACAUUCUACCUCAGACAGCAACGUGAUGGCGAUCCAGUCACUGUACAUUUGGUGUUUGCGAAGGCACGCGUCGCACCGAUUAAGGGCAGUACAAUUCCGAAGAUGGAGCUGACAGCAUACCAUCUCACGGCACAAUUACUGGAAGAAGUGAGAACCGCACAUGAUGUCGACAUAGACAAUUGCACUCUUUGGUCCGACUCAAUGAUAGCACUACAUUGGAUCGGCAAAUCACCUGCCAAAUUAGACGUGUUUGUUGGCAACAGAGUCGGAGAAAUACAGGAGCUAACGCGCGGGGUUGAAUGGAAACAUGUGGACACAAAAAGCAAUCCAGCCGAUCUAGCUUCGCGGGGAAUUUCACCAACGGAAUUGGCGGAUUGCAAAUUAUGGUGGAAUGGACCCAGCUGGUUAACGCUCGACAGAGAGAAAUGGCCAGAAAGCAAAUUGACACUAACGGAAACCGACAUCGAAGCCGUUCGCUGCCACGAGCGGAAAUCGACAGCGAUGGUAAACGCUCACAUCGACGAUGAUGGACCCAUUUCAAACGCGAAUGGGAAUCUUCUGCACCAAUUCAGUGAUUGGCCAAGACUACUACGCAUCACAGCGUACGUACUUCGAUUUACGGUGAAGAAAGCGUUCAGAAAGGAAGGACAAUUAUCCGACGACGAAAUUUUGAACGCCGAGAGAAUUUGGGUACGACACAGCCAGAGCGUGCAUUUCAACAAAGAAAUCGAGAAAUUAACCAACAAAGAGGACCUGACACAGGGAUCACCAUUAUCAAAAUUGACCCCGUUCAUGGAUAAUGACGGAAUUAUGCGACUAGCGGGGAGAAUCAAGAGAUCCAACAUUCCAUACGACACUGUACAUCCCAUACUCUUAAAUGGGAAAUGCACCACAGCAAAAUUAAUCACCGAACUGGCGCACGAACGAACCUUGCAUGGUGGCACGCAGCUCACGCAGCAAUACAUAAGACAGAAGUAUUGGAUCCUGGGCGGCCGCUACGCAGUUAAAACAGCCAUAUCAAAAUGUGUGCCAUGCAUCCGACAGAGGAAAGAGACGCAGCAUCAGCUGAUGGCACACCUACCAGAGGAAAGAGUGACGCCAGGGCGACCGUUUGAGGCGUCAGCGGUCGAUUACGCGGGCCCAGUCAACAUCGAGCGAUACAACGCCGCUCGGACAAAGAUAAUUGACAAAGGUUAUAUUUCGGUUUUCGUUUGCACACGCACCAGAGCGGUACACUUGGAGCUCGUGUCUAGUAUGACGACGGAGGCAUUCAUCGCAGCAUUCACGCGAUUCUCGUGCCGCCGGGGGAGGAUCAAGGUGCUGUUCGCCGACAAUUCCACAACUUUCCAGGGAGCGUCAAAUGAGCAGCAGCAAAUAAACCGGACAUUCCAGAGCGAUUCGAAUGAGGCGCGCCAAAUCCACAGCACCUGGAGGGAGUUGGGUUCGCAGAACGGUACCACGACACAGUGGAAAUUCAUACCACCAUCAGCUCCACACAUGGGCGGCCUACAUGAAGCUGCAGUGAAGAGCGCAAAAUCACACCUCAAACGCGUCAUAGGCGUUCAACAGCUCACAUUCGAGCAAUUAGCGACAUUGCUAACGCAAGUAGAAGCUUGCCUGAAUUCCAGGCCACUGAUCGCCUUGAAUGACGACGCGGCGGAUGAGCUGGCGUUGACACCGGGCCAUUUUCUCGUGGGCGAGCCAUUAAUCGCCCCACUCAGUCGUGAUUACACGUCAGUAGCCGCCAACAGGCUGAGAAACUUCGAACUGAUGAACAAAAUGACCCAGGAAUUUUGGGAACGAUGGUCGAACGAAUACGUGACCACGCUAAUGGAGCGCAACAAGUGGCGACAUAGCCAACGAAACGUUCAGGUGGACGACAUCGUCCUAAUCGUCACAGAUACGCUACCACCGACACAAUGGCCACUGGGGCGAGUGAACAAAACCAUUCAGGGAGACGACGGCCACGUCAGAGUAGCAGAUGUAACCAGCAGGGGACACGUUUAUCGCCGACCAAUCGUCAAGCUGUGCCUGCUACCAAUUUGCGGCAAAGGAACAUCGGGCCAGGCCAGGCAGGAUGUUCAGAACUGA